GGAGCCCGCCGCUCUGGUGGCGGCGGCAGUUGUGGGGCUGUGCUUGUGGGCCCCGGACGGCGGUGCUGUGAGAGCCGGAGAAGGAGGAAGAGAAGGACGAGGAAGGGGCGGCCUCGGGCGAGCGAGGCCUGGGCCCUGCCCAUGGAGAGCGGCGGGGCGAGCCGUGGCUGGUGAAGCUGGUCGCUCAUGGAGCCUCCGGAGGAGCCGCUCCGACCUGUGAUCUACACCAUGGAGAAUAAGCCCAUCGUCACCUGUGCUGGAGAUCAAAAUUUAUUUGCUUCUGUCUAUCCUACACUAUCUCAACAGCUUCCAAGAGAACCUAUGGAGUGGAGAAGGUCUUAUGGUCGUGCUCCAAAGAUGAUUCAUUUAGAAUCUAACUUUGUUCAAUUCAAAGAGGAGUUGUUGCCGAAAGAAGGAAACAAAGCCCUUCUUACUUUCCCCUUCCUUCAUAUUUAUUGGACAGAAUGCUGUGACACUGAAGUAUAUAAAGCUACAUUAAAAGAUGACAUCACCAAGUGGCAGAAUGUCCUGAAAGCUCACAAUUCUGUGGAUUGGUUAAUAGUGGUAGUUGAAAGUGAUGCCAAGAAAAAAAACAAAACCAACAUCCUUCCACGCACAUCUAUUGUGGACAAAAUAAGAAAUGAUUUUUGUAAUAAACAAAGUGACAGGUGUGUGGUUCUCUGUGACCCUUUGAAGGAUUCUUCUCGUACUCAGGAAUCCUGGAAUGCCUUCCUGACCAAACUCAGGACUUUGCUUCUUAUGUCUUUUACCAAAAACUUAGGCAAGUUUGAAGAUGAUAUGAGAACCUUGAGAGAGAAGAGGACUGAACCAGGAUGGAGCUUUUGUGAAUAUUUCAUGGUUCAGGAAGAACUUGCCUUUGUCUUUGAGAUGCUACAGCAAUUUGAAGAUGCCUUGGUACAGUAUGAUGAAUUGGAUGCCCUAUUCUCUCAAUAUGUUGUCAACUUCGGUGCAGGUGAUGGUGCAAACUGGCUGACUUUUUUCUGCCAGUCUGUGAAGAGUUGGAAUGGAUUGAUUCUCCGAAAGCCAAUAGAUAUGGAAAAGCGGGAGCUGAUACAGAGUCAAGAAGCUACGCUAUUAGACCUUCGAAGUUACCUUUUUUCUCGACAAUGCACAUUGCUCAUCUUUUUGCAAAGACCAUGGGAGGUAUCUCAGCGAGCUUUGGAACUUCUACACAAUUGUGUGCAGGAGCUCAAGCUACUAGAAGUUUCUGUUCCUCCUGGAGCUUUGGACUGCUGGGUCUUUUUAAGCUGUUUAGAGGUGUUACAGAGGAUAGAAGGUUGUUGUGAUCGUGCACAAAUUGAUUCCAAUAUUUCACACACUGUUGGCUUGUGGAGCUAUGCCACAGAAAAGCUAAAAUCUUUGGGAUAUCUCUGUGGACUCGUGUCAGAGAAUGGUCCCAAUUCAGAAGAUCUUAAUAGGACAGUUGAUCUUUUGGCAGGUUUAGGAGCUGAACGGCCAGAAACAGCCAAAACUGCCCAAAGUCCAUAUAAGAAACUCAAGGAGGCCUUGUCAUCAGUAGAAGCUUUUGAGAAACAUUAUUUAGAUCUGUCUCAUGCUACCAUUGAAAUGUAUACAAGUAUUGGAAGAAUUCGAUCAGCUAAGCUUGUUGGAAAAGAUUUGGCAGAGUUUUAUAUGAGGAAAAAGUCUCCUCAAAAAGCAGAGGUCUACCUUCAAAAUGCAUUAAAGAAUUAUGUGGCUGAGGGUUGGGCAUUGCCCAUCACACAUACAAGAAAGCAGUUAGCAGAAUGCCAAAAACAUCUUGGACAGAUUGAAAAUUACCUUCAGACAAGCAGCCUUUUAGCCAGUGAUACCCACUUAACAGAGGAUGAACGUAAACAUUUUUGCCAAGAAAUACUUAACUUUGCCAAUGAGCAGAAAGAAAGUCCAGGUCUCAAAGUAGUACUGUCUAUGCAUUCCUUCGCACAACUAAAACAUCUCCACUUUGAUCCUUCAAAUGCUCUUGUCCACGUGGGAGGAACUCUGUCCAUUGAGAUUACUUUGUUAAGCCAAAUGCCCAUCUCAGUCCAAGUAGAGCAGAUUGCCAUCAGUGUUCAUUUUAGCAUUGAGAAAAACAGCUACCGUAAGACUGCUGAAUGGCUUACCAAGCACAAGACGUCCAAUGGCAUCAUCAGUUUUCCAAAUGAGAAUUCAAGUGUUCCAUUCUCCCGAAGUAGUUCACCUGCAUUGGAAUUAUAUGAAAUGUAUGAGAGAAGCCCUUCUGAUAACUCCUUGAACACAACAGGGAUCAUUUGUAAAAAUGUUCACAUGCUACUACGAAGACAAGAAAGCAGCUCCUCUUUGGAAAUUCCUUCAGGUGUGACUCUAGAGGAUGGGGCACACAUAUUAAAAUGUAGCAAUGUAACUCUUGACCCAGGGGUCAAUAAAAUAAUAUUCAGAACUCAGGCUAAAGAACCUGGAACAUAUACUCUCAGGCAGAUGUGCACCUCAGUGGGCCAAGUGCAAUUUGUUCUUCCUCAUAUUUAUCCCAUAGUACAGUAUGAUGUCUACUCUCAGGACCCUCAGCUAAAAGUGGAACCAUUGACUGACAGCCUUUUGGCUGGCAUUCCUCAAAAAGUCAAGUUUACUGUCACUACUGGCUAUUAUACAAUAAAAAAUGGGGACAGUCUACAGCUUAGCAAUGCAGAUGCCAUGCUUAUUCUAUUCCAUGCAGAAAACAGAGCAAUAAUCUAUUCUAACACCAGAGAGAAAUCUUCAGAAGCAUCGCUCAUGAUUCAGUCCUCGGAGAAAGUCACCAGUGUCAGUUUGCCAAUGGCUCCUGCAUAUCACAUGAUUGAAUUUGAAUUAGAGGUUCUUUCUUUACCUUCUACUCCAACAUCAGGAGAGAGUGACAAACUAGGAAAUAAAGAACCUCAGAGGAAAACUAAGGAGAAGCAGAAAGCUGGCAACUGCAUGGUUACUCUAGACCAAAAAGUGUCUAUUGAUUGUCCAUGGUCAAUUUACUCCACUAUUAUUGCAUUAACAUUCAAUAUACCUUUUAAGGCCACCCAUUCUUUGCUGUCAGCUGGAAAACGGAAAUAUAUUCAAGUUUGUGUACAGAAUUUGUCAGAACUUGGCUUUCAGCUAUCAGAUAGUAACCUUAUAGAUACUGGUAAUAGUCCAGACCUGCAACUAGUUCCAUUAAACACUAAGUGCCAGAAGGGGAACAAAGCCAGGCAGGAGGAUCCAAGGGAAGUGGUGGGUGAUGCAGAACCAAAGAACAGCAUAUACAUACAGCACAUUUACAGCAAGCAGUCAGUGUUUUUUGUAUGGGAGCUACUGUGGACAAAGGAACUUCCACCUUCUCUGCAUUGUCACUUUUCACUUGAUUUUUAUCCAGCUUCAGAAGACCGGUCUAUUUCCUUAAAGCCGUUUAGUUAUGAGUUCCAAGUAGAAAAUUUUUUUACAUUAUAUAAUGUGAAAGCUGAGAUAUUCCCUCCUUUAGGAACAGAGUAUUGUAAAACAGGUUCACUUUGUUCUUUGGAAGUGUCUAUCACACGACUUUCUGACCUCUUGGAGGUGGAUAAGGAUGAGGCAUUAACGGAAUCUGAUGAAUAUUGUACGACAAAACUUAUGUAUGAAGUUGUCGACAAUAGUAGUAAUUGGGCAGUAUGUGGGAAAAGUUCUGGAGUUAUCUCAAUGCCUGUGACAGCACGAGCAACUCAUAAAGUCCACAUGGAAGUAAUGCCUCUCUUUGCAGGCUAUCUCCCAUUUCCUGAUGUCAGGUUGUUUAAAUACCUCCCUCAUCAUUCUGCUCAUUCCACACAACUUGAUGCGGAUAGCUGGAUUGAAAAUGAUAAUCUGUCAGUGGACAAGAAUAUGGAUGAUCAAACUGAUAACAGUAGCCAAAAGAGCAAAAGCAGUUCCCAUUCAGCAACCAGUGUGGAACACAAAGGCUUGCCAAUGCCUCGACUACAACCGUUUCCAUCUGGACAAGUCUUUAACUCAAGCACUGGCAUGCAGAUCUUGGUAAUCCCUAGCAAGGAUGACCACAUUCUGGAAGUUAGUGUUACAUGACAACUCCAUGUGUAUACCAAACAAAUAUUAGAAACUGGAUAUGAAUGCACUUUAAAGGAUCAUAACCUGAUUGUUCUUCAUUGUAAUAUUCUGGCCCUAACUAGAAUUGUGGUGAUGCUACAUUUGCCUACCAUGGAAGCAUUUGACAAUUGUACAGAUUUCAUUGUACAAUGCAGCUUGUAUCAAAUAGUUUAUAAUGUUACUUUUAGAAAAUGUUCUAUGUGAUGUGUAUUAUUUAUGUCAUUUAUCCAUCUCCUAAUGUCCCUGCUGUUGUGUUCCUACAGUGUCCUCCCAGAUGUCCAAUUUUCUUAACUUAGUUAUGCUGCUGAUAAAAUAAAAAAUGCUUGUAAUUGGGCUAUCUAAAUUGAGCAGCCUUUUAGUCUGCAGAUUCCUUUUUUGUAUGUAAAUCUGUUUUUCAGAUAAACCUAUAACAAAACCUUGUAAUCCUUACUUGUUGGUUUGGGUGUGGCUUUUUGGUCACACAGUUGCCCAAUUUCUGGACCAAGGUAGUUUCCUAAAUCACCUAAAAAGAAAAAAAAUGAUCUUUUAACCCAUAGCAUCUCUAGGACCUUUUCUAAAAAAAAAUAAAAUAAAAUAAGCAUAAUAAAAAACCACCUUGAGGAGUGGGGGAAUUAAAAGGGGGUAGGGGAAUAACUUAACCCCUUCUGUGCCUUGGGAUGUCUGAAUUACAAGGAUAUUUAAGGUCUACUGGUGAAAAUUUAUCAGGUUUUUGAACUAUUUCAAGAGUACUCUUAAAAAGCUAGACUUGGCCUUCAAAAAUAAAUUGGCAUUCAAUUAAUUUAGUUAUGAAUGUUUCUUAAACCUCUUCCACCCAGAAUGUUGAUGAAAAAUCAGAUCUUGGUUUUAGGUAAAUAUUUGUUAUAUUUAAUUGUCACAAUUUAUGUUCUUUGGGAUUAUUUUGUUGAUUUCUUCCCAAUUCUUAACCUCAAUUAAAAUUUUUACUUUACAUUUAGUUGUGGAGUAUUUAACCAUUUUUUUCACACUUUAAGUGCAGAAAUUAAGUUUAACAAUGGAGGCUAUUGCAGGGAUUUAAUGUAUUUUUUCUUUGGUUAUGGGGAAAAAUUAAGGUCCUGGAAGUAAACUUCUGAUCAAGCAAACUACAGUUAUACCAUACCAACUAAUUAUUUUGUUCUCAUUGUUAAUUUGCUUGUAUAUAUAUACACACACACAUAUAUAGUUAAUAAUUAUUUUAAAAAAGAGAAAAAGUCCAAACUAACUGAAAUAAUGUUUUAAGUUACACCAAAAAUCAAGAACAAAGUCAAUGUGUGUUAAUUUUUUUUCGUUAUCAAAGGUCAGAACUUGUAAAUAAGUGCUAUAUGUUUUAAACUUUUUCCAGCUCUCAAAAGCUAUGUAUUUUUGUACAUAUUAAGGACUCUCAAAUUCACUGGGAAUGCUUUUGGUUGGGAUUUUAUUUUAAAAAUCCAUGCAAAUUGAUAGUUUAAGCAGAUGGUGGGGCCUCUUCUGAAUAACCUCAAAGGUAUGAGCCUUAAAAAGAGGAAAAAAAAAUCCUCAUAGCUGCAGUUUCAACAGGUUGUUAAAGAUACCUGACAAAAACUGAUUAGUAUUCUUCAGCAUAGGGAAGCACAGAAAUAAUAAUUAUAAAAUAUUAUCUUCGUUUUCAGUAUUCUGUAUGUUGUGUUUAAGUCAUUCAAAGAAAUAAAAGUGUGAUUUUUUUUUUCCA